AUGGCGCCAUUUCGGUCGCUUGCAAGGUUGAGCAACAUCGCUAAGGUAUCGCAAUACGUGGACAAGGUAGCUGACCUUGGGCGCAAGAAUCUGCUAUUCCGCGUUGAUUUUAAGCAUCUAUACUCUAUUUGGCAGCUCUGCAAAUCUCACGAGGAGUACAAGCUCGGCCUAAUAGCUGUGAAUCACUUUUACAACUUCGGACGCCAGUUAAGUCCGGAGGGCGUGAACAAGCUGUUCGUCUUCAGCAUGCGAUGCGGUGAGCUAGAGGAGUCCUUGAAGUUGCUGGAGGGCGCUCGGGAUUGGCUGCCCAAACCACCGGACAUCGAUUUGGUUUACGGCCUAAUGGCGUCUUUUGUAACCAAAAGGGAUUACUUGAGUGUGAAGCGCGUAUUCAAGGCGAUACGGUCAAAUUGGCAAAUGCGGCUCACAGCGAAGGCCUAUCGGCUAUGCAUCGAAGCCAUGCUGUGCUCGGAUGAAAACCCGCUGGAGGAAGCGUUGAUGGUCUACUGCGACUCCGCAGUCAUGGGCAUUGCGCUACCUUCGGAGGUCCACGCCUUGUUGCUGAACUGCUUACAUCGCAAAAUUGCCCUGGAACCCGCUAAAGCGGCGUUUUACGAGACUUCUGCUCUGAGCGUGCGAAAUCGCCUCGGCGAAGAGUGCAUGAAUGAGGGCGGUUACAAAAUCUCAAGAGCCACUUCACCGAAAAUAACACUUCGCGCCUAA